GGCAAGGCAAAGUACUGGGCUUUAUGGGGUCACGGUUGCACAACCAAUUCUGAUUGCGUGCUUGUGCAUGAGGCUUGGUGGCACUAGCAAGAUUGUGUGGACUCACCUCGGUUCCUCAUCAAAGCUGAUAUCGACCCAGAUGCAAUUUGACUUCGGAUCUGGACUCUAGCCUAUACGUGAAGACAAACCUUCCCGUAUCUUAGGCCCUGGACAAGCGAGAAACUCAUCUUUUUGUCCGAUAAGCUCCAUCAGACCGGUGCACAUUGUCCCUUUGCAGUCGUACAUUUCAGCCUUGGGCACAUCAUUUCAAGACGACGAAGUGGUUGUCGUUACUCCUCGCUACAAUUCUGUCCACUUUAUACCACCGUGGAGGACGUGUUGGCGGCAAUAUUGCUGCACCACAAGAGUAGUCAUGUUGGUUCGGGCAUUCCCCAAGCUGCUCAUUGUUGUGUUGCCUCUGCUCUUCCUGGGUUAUUUCUUCAGCGGUUAUGGACAUUCACGGACAUCCGGCGAGGAGACAACAUUGCCUCGAUUAAGUCGUUGGUUGCAGCAGAGUCAAAGCUCAGAUUCUGGGGAAAGCGAACAGGCGUCACUGCUAGCUGACAGCAGAGACAUCAUCCACCUGCCAAUUCCACCACCACCAAUAGUCGACGUCGACGACGAUGGCAGGGCCGUCGUGGACCGAUCUUUAUAUCGAGAAGUAUAUUCAGCCUCAAGUCUGAAUGGAGAAUUCAUCAGAAUCCAUUUCGGCGGCAUCCCAGCAUACAACCCCAACAUCAUCCCACAUCCCACCAAGCACGACCUCUGGAUCAUUGUCGCACAAGAAGAGCAAACCCACGAGCCGCACCACGAUGUCAUCACCGAGUUGAUUUGUGAUGCCGGUUUCCUGAACGGCGUCCUCACUUGUGCCGAAAAGCCGGUCCCGAUUCCCCUCAAAAUCCAUGAGCCUCACUGCAAAGGCGACAUGGCUUACUUCAACUUCGCCCUGGGAUCGCGCGAUGCUCGCGUCGUCUAUGGGCCCGACGCACCGUACAUCUUGUACGGCUCGCAUUCGGAGACGACAUGUCUAGGCGUUUGGGUCCAGGAUCUUCGAGUCGUGCUGGAAGACUACGUCGUCGAGUCGGCGAUUGCCAACCUAUUCCGCGAACCCGCCGAACUGCACCGCCCUCCGCCUCACAAGGAUCUGGAGAAGAACUUCUUCCUGUUCUGGGACCAUGACCACAAACUCUAUGUGCACCACGACAUCUCCCCGAGACGUGUCUUCGCCCAGGUCGAGAUGGACGGCAGUGUCGGCCCCGAUCUGGCUCCCGCUGCGGCAAGCACCGACGAGAUUUGUAUGGCGAGGUACAUGCCCGCGUUCGACAAGGACCACGAGUCGAUCCACCAAGCCACCAACUCACUGUCCAUCACACUCUGCAAGCGCGCCGACCCAGGCUGCAAGCCCGGCCCCGAGAAUACGUUCAUCAUGCACGUCUUCCACUUCAAAUCCUUUUACGACUGGCACGGCGUGUACGAGCCAUACGUCGUGCUCUUCAACCAACAAGCUCCGUUCGCUCUGCACGCGAUAUCCAAAAAGCCCUUCUGGAUUCACGGCCGUGACGUCCUCAGCGAGAUGACUGGUGCGAUUUCGUGGGAGAAUAAAGAGAAACCCGCACGUCACUCCGAGAUGUUCUACAUCACAAGCUUGAGUUGGAAGACCCACGGUCAACGGUAUCAUGGGUACAUUGACGAUGAAUUGUUCAUUUCCUUUGGCAUUGAAGACUCGAGGCCCGGGGUCAUGGAUGUCAUUGCCGGUGAUCUGUUGCAGGAUCUGGGCAUGUGUGGCGAGCUUCUUGACAGGACCACCAAGGCCGAAGUUAAAUCAUGAUAUCAGUUUAAGCGUUUGUACAAGACUGUCCGAUUGCAUUUGCCGGAGUCUAGGGAUUCGGGAUUGGGAUCUAGGAUAAUGGAUCAAUGACUGCAGAUAGAGACACAGCGGACUUGGUCCUUUGGAAUUCUGAUACCACUUUGUGUUCUUAUGUUUGCAUAUCCAUUGCGCUUGCAUAUAUCUUCAAGCAUACGCUUUAUCGCACAAUGGAGGAAUGAAGAAUACAAGUAUACAUAACAUGAUCUAUCUGUAUCGAUGAAGGG